GAUGGCGUCCUGCUAAGUCUGCUUAUAUAGUGCUCCGCUGACAAAUCUGCUUUUAACAGCUAAACUACGCUAUAUAUAAUCGUGCUACACGUAUUAGAAUCUACAUUUAUUUUACUGUGAAGUUACCUCUCAAAACUUUGAAAAUGAAAUCAGCAGCAGAUAAAAGGAAAGGAGGAGAGACUUCUUGUGUAUCUAGUAUUGUGGAUGUCCACAGCUAUGCUUCUCCCGGGGAUAAACUUUUAUCUACACCGUUUCUUGAGAGCCCUGGUAAGCCGCCUUCAAAGAAAGGCAGAGCAGAGGAUGAUUCCGUGAUUUCCACGCUGCCUCAGCUAAUAAAUAACCGAUUGGAUGCCCUGGAGAAAAUGGUGGAUGAUAAUGCUCUGAAAAUUGAAGGUCUAAAGAAAACUUUUGACUAUAUCUGUGCCGAGCUUAAUGACGUUAAGGGGAAGGUUGGCCAUGUUGAAGCUAGAUUGAGCUCUGAGGAAAAGAAGAUGGAGUUCUGUGAGACAAGAAUUGCAGACUUGGAGCGUUACUCGCGUCGCUGGAAUUUACGCCUGCAAGGAGUGCCGGAAAAAGGUGAAGAUAUCAGAGCUGAAUCCAUUCGUAUUUGUGUUGCCACUUUUCCAGAGGGAAGCAAAAUUCUACCGGAUAAGAUUGACACUGUUCAUCGCAUUGGGAAGAGGCCUUUGAAUACCUCAAGGCCACGAGCUGUCAUUAUUCAGUUUUCCUCCCGAGUGGCGAGAGUCGGGGUGUGGAGAGCGGCGAAAUCAUCUGAGUUUCUGCGUGCGAACUGUCUUCGGUUUACUGAGGACCUUACUGCUUUCAACCGAGAAAGGAGGCUCUUACUAUGGCCGGCUGUGGAAAAGACACGUAAGGAGGGGAAAAGAGCUUACUUUGUUGGUUACCGUGCUUUCAUUGAAGGUUCUGAAAUUAACCCUCCAUGAACUGUUCAUACUUUCAAGUGAGGUUCAGUGAGCUAUUUUAUUUUGUGAAGAACACUGCACAUACUGUUGGCUGUAAACUUUUUUGACAUGGCGUUUUUGUCAGCUACCUCUGCGUUUUCAACCAGUAAGCUUCGGUAAGCUUUAUUAUUUUCUGUUCAUAGUUAAGGGUUCUUAUUCUAUGUCUAUUUCUGUUAUUUCACUCAAUGCCAGGGGUCUUAG